AUGAAUUUUCGACAAGUUAAAAAACUAAAAGUAGAUCUUAAUGAUGUAAUUAAACGUGGCUAUCUUACCGAACAAAAUGUUGGUAUAACCGAAUUCAUUGGUAAACAUAAACCAUUUCAUGGUAUAUUGAAACAUAGAUUUGAAGAUUUUGUUGUUCAUGAAAUCGAUCGACAAGGUAAUGUCAUACGGCUGGAAAACAUUGGCAAACCGGAAGAUAUUGAAACGACGAUUGUUGAUGAAGAACGACAACGAAUAAAAUCAUCCGAAACGAUUCAAAUUGAUUCGUUAAAAAUUGAUCCAAGUUUCAAACAGCAAAUCGAUCAUUAUGUUCAAAGUAAUUUCCAGGCUGUUAAUCCAUUAUUAUCUAUCGAUGGACUUGAUAAACAGGAACGUGGUCAGAUUCAUUUAUUCAUUAAGCAAAAUUAUUCGACACUUGAAUCAUGUACCGAAACAAUUGAUGGAAAAAGAUUUGUAAAAAUUUUGCCGAAAAAAGGUGAUCGAAAUCAACGGCAAUAUCGACGACAAAAUUGGCCAUCAAAUCGGCCAAGUUUUGUACAUUUUGUUUUAUAUAAAGAAAACAUGGAAACCAUACAGGUUGUGAAUGAACUUUCACGUCGAUUAGGUGUAGGAACGAAAAAAUUUACAUAUGCCGGCAACAAAGACAAACGGGCCAUUUCAACUCAGAAAUUUUCUGCUUUUCGUACGAAUCCGGCUAAAAUUUGGCGUUCUUGUCAAGAAUUCAAUCAACGAAGUGGUCAUCGUAUUCGAUUACAUGUUGGUCAUUUUCAUUAUGAAAAGGAACCAUUACGAUUAGGCGAUCUAAGUGGAAAUCAAUUCGAAAUUGUUUUACGUGAUGUACGCCUGGUUGAUAUUGAUGAUGAUGAUGAUGAUAUGAAUCAACAGAAGGGGCUACCAUCGUCACUACAACAGCCACAAUCAUCAUCAGACAAUAUUGAUAAACUUUUCGAUCGUAAUGUCUGUGAACAAGCAUUGAUGAAUGUAAAAACAAAUGGUUUCAUUAAUUAUUUUGGGAUGCAACGAUUUGGUUCACAUCGUAUUGAUUCACAUAAGCUUGGUAUUCUUAUUCUUCGAAAAGAAUUUAAAAAAUUGGUUGAAGAAAUUCUUGUUGAAAAACCGACCGAUAUUACAAGAGAUGCUAAUGAAGCAUAUCGUAAAUUAAAUUAUAAAUAUACUAUUGAAGGUUCAUUAUUACGUGGUCUAUCCAAAGUCAAUCCAAAUGAUUACCAUGGUGGUCUUUGUAUUGGUCUGAAUCGAAAUAGUCGAUUAUUAUAUCUACAUGCAUAUCAAAGUUAUCUUUGGAAUCGUAUUGCAUCGUUCAGAAUUCGUCAAUAUGGAUUGAAUGUUGUUGAAGGUGAUUUAGUGUUUGUUGGUCCAAAUUUCAAUGAAACCAUUGAAUUGGUUACCAAAGAAAAUUUGGAAAAAUUUACCAUUUAUGAUGUAGUAAUACCUAUCAUUGGUGCAUUGAGUAAAUUUCCAACGAAUAGCACUAAAGAUUUUAUUGAUAAAAUAUUGAAUGAAGAUUCAGUUUCAAUGGAACAAUUUUCCAAUUUAGGACAACAAUGGUGUGUGAAUGGUAGCUAUCGUAAAUUAAUGGUUCGACCAAUGCAAUUCAAAUGGGAAUGGUGUGAAUAUCAAGAUGAUACUGAACCAUUAAUUGAAACAGAUUUAGAUCGUAUCGGUCAAAAUGAACCGAAAAUGAAUAAGAAAAGAAAUGAAAAAAAACGGACACCGAUUGAUUUACAAUUUGAUGAAGAAAAUAAUUAUCAUGCAUUAAAAAUUAUGAUACGAUUACCGUCAUCAUCUUAUUUUGGAGAAUAA